UCAUCUUGAUCAUUAACAAAAACAAGAGGCUUGGGCGUGAAGAUCCAUCGAUGGGUAUCUUUCCAGGUUUUCUGGGUUUGUUUCUGCUAUGUGGGAUGCUGCAUUGCAUUGUUGAAUGCCAUGUCCAUUACCAUGACUUUGUACUCAAAAAGGAGAACUUUACAAGAUUAUGUUACACAAAGAGCAUGCUGGUAGUGAAUGGCAGUUUUCCGGGGCCAGUCAUUCGUGUGCAAAAGGGGGAUACUGUCUUUGUCAAUGUUCACAAUCAAGGAGAUUAUGGACUUACUAUUCACUGGCAUGGAGUACAUCAACCAAGAAAUCCAUGGUCAGAUGGUCCUGAAUAUAUUACACAAUGUGCCAUCAAACCUGGCUCAAAUUUUACUUACGAGGUUAUAUUUUCUGAUGAGGAAGGAACACUUUGGUGGCAUGCUCAUAGUGAAUGGACGAGAGCUACUGUCCAUGGUGCCAUUGUUAUUAUGCCUUUAAAUAAUACGAGUUUUCCGUUUCCUGAACCUGAUGGACAAGAAAUCAUUGUACUCAGUUCUUGGUAUAACAGUACUGAAGAUGUGAGUGACAUAGUUGCUGAAGCCCUUCAAGAUGGAGGUGAUACUCCCGACUCUGAUUGCUACACCAUCAAUGGACAACCAGGAGAUUUUCUCCCAUGCUCAAAUGAUAGUACAUACCAUUGGCAGGUGGAGUAUGGUAAGACCUAUCUUCUACGUCUUGUCAAUGCAGUGAUGAAUUCAGAACUGUUCUUUGCAAUUGCUGAACAUAGCCUCACCGUUGUUGGUAUCGACGCAUCCUAUGUGAAACCCAUCGUGACCGAUUAUAUCAUGAUUAGCGCUGGACAAACAAUGGAUAUUUUGAUCACCGCAAACCAAUCCCCUGGCGCUUACUAUAUGGCUACUAGACAAUAUAACACCGUGAGGAAAAAUAUUGAUGACUACGAUAAUUCAAAUGUUACUGCAAUUCUUCAGUACAAAGAGAAGUACACACCCUUGAUGGACCCAGUUUUUCCAAGCAUCCUCCCUACUUAUUUUGAUAUAGUAUCAGGAAGAAAGUUCACAAGGCGUAUUAAGAGCUUAGCAAGCAUAGAGCACCCGACAAAUGUGCCGAAGAAUAUAUCUACUAGAAUGUUUAUAACAGCUGCUUCAAAUUAUGGUUUCAUUAAUCGUUCUGGCGAGUAUGAAACUGGUGUUACUACUAGUCUAAACAAUUUAAGUUGGGUUAAUCCAGAAACAGAUGUGCUACUUUCCUACUACAGGAACAUAACAGGGUUUUACACGCCAGACUUUCCUGAUUAUCCACCAUUUAUAUUUGACUUUGUGUCAGAAGAUUUUGCUCCUGAUACUGUCCCAACAAUAAAAGGAACCAAGGUGAAGGUGUUAGAAUACGAUGAAGAGGUUGAAAUAGUGUUUCAGGGUACUGAUCUCAUGAGAGCAUCUGAGGAUCAUCCAAUGCACAUGCAUGGUUAUAGUUUUUAUGUGGUUGGAUCAGGAACUGGAAAUUUUGACAAUGAGACAGACCCCAAAGGCUACAAUUUAUUUGAUCCUCCAAAGAUGAAUACUGUUUCGCUCCCAAAAGUAGGAUGGGUAGCUAUCAGAUUCAAAGCAAGUAACCCCGGAGUUUGGUUCUGGCACUGUCAUUUUGAUCGACAUUUGACUUGGGGUAUGAGCUUCGUGAUAAUAGUUAAAGAUGGAGGUACGCCAGAAACGAGCAUACGUAAGCCACCUCCAAACAUGCCUCAAUGUACUAGCUCAUCUACUAUUAAGCUGCAACCUUUCCAUGAUUUCAGCAGAACAGGCGACAAAAGUAACUAGCUUGAAGCCUAAUUUAAUUAAAUGAAGAACUUAUUCGUAUCUUUGUUAAGUUAUCUAUUCAAUAAUUCAAGAACAAAUUGUACGCUUUGGAUAUUUAUUGCUUCACAUCAUGA